AUAUUUGAACUGAAAUUAACUGCGAAUUAAGUAGGCAGUAAUUAAUACAAACUUCUAGAGUCAACAAUUUGUGAAUAUGAGUGGGAGAAGUGUUGUUUUACUAUUAGUGAUUUUCUUAUUGAGACAAGAAUCAGCCAGGAGCAUACGUAUAACAGAUCUGACAGUACCAAGCCACGUCGUCGAGGGGGGCUCAGUUCUGUUAGAGUGCCACAAUGACCUGGAGGGCGAGAUGCUGUACUCCAUCAAGUGGUACAAGGAUAACAGAGAGUUCUACCGCUAUGUGCCCAGCAACGUGAACCCCUUCAGCUAUUUCAGGUUACCUGGGGUUAAUGUUGAUGAGAAAGAUUCAUCAAGUAACGUAGUGAAGCUGGUUAACUUGUCUCCCGAGACGGCGGGGCGGUACAGAUGUGAGGUUUCCGGCGAGGGUCCCUACUUCGUAACUGUUUCCGAUGAGAAGAAUAUCACCGUGCAUUUAUUACCAUAUAAGCAUCCCCAAGUGACAGGAUUUCGAGACGAGUAUAAGGUCGGAGAUAUUGUGGCUGUUAACUGCUCAUCAUCCAUGUCCAGACCCCAUACUCAGCUCAAGUGGUUGAUCAAUGACCAGCCUGUUCUGAGGAGGUACAUAACGGGACCGUGGUACAGAAUCUCAAGGGAGAGGCCUGAUGCUAAGGAAACUAUAUUACAGCUGCGGUUCAUCAUUACAAAUGAACAUUUCAGAGAUGGCAUUUUACUACUGAAGUGUCAAGCAUCGAUAGCACCUUUAUACCAAGAAGAAGUGGUUCAUCAUAUUGUUCGUGCUGAAGAUGAUGUAACAGAUUCCAAACCAGUGCAAGUAGUUGAAGAGGAACUUGAUGAAGUAUUUGGGCAUGAGCGAGCAUUUUUGGAGCCUGUUGGUGAAAUUCCAAUGGCGGAACCACAAAAUGACCAUGGUAAUAUUUUGCAUAAAUCACUUGCAGCUGGGAUUUCGUUUAUUCUAAUCCAAGUUUUUCUUUAAUAUUAUAAGUAUCGAAUAAUUCUGUAAGUAUUUCAAUUUAAAAGAAUUGCCUCGAUAAAUAGCAAAUACAUCGAAAAAGACAACAUCAGUGAAAUCAAAUUUCAAGAUUAAAUACUGUGUUGAUGAGGAACUGAUUUUAAUUCAUUUCACGCAUUUAGUGCAUUUUAUAUAUAGCUGUUAGGUGUUUCUGCACAAUUUUAUCAUGAAAUUAAAAUCGCGGUACUCGAAUACCUUCUACUAAGUAUGACAAUUUUGAGUACUGAUGCUUUAUUGUUUGUGAUAUAAGUAUUCCAAUGAAGAAAUUUAAGAUUUAAUUUUAAUUAAUCCAAGUUUCAUUAAAGGUUUUUAAAUAAAACAUUUCGUAUAUA